CCGCGCUCCCAUCUAUCUCAAACACUCAGCGAACCCACAUCCAAGCGAAGAUCACAGUGACCCAACAAAGAAUUUACAAUAUUUAAUAUCGACAAAAAUAAAACAAAAUGGCCUCUACCGAUGAUGCUCGCAAGAGCCGCAUCGUGUCGCACAUGAACAAGGAUCACACCAGAGAAAUCACCUAUUAUCUCCGCCAUUAUGCCCAUCUCUCUGCUUUAGCUGCAUCGUCACCCGUGCUCAAAGAUAUCGACCUUAACGGCAUGACUAUUAAGUCAAAUGAUGGAAAAGAUCACUUUGUCCCUUUCUCGCCUCCUCUCUCCAGCUGGGCCGAGGUCAAGGACCGCAUCAUCGAAAUGGCCAACACAGCCCGCAAAGGACUGGGUCUUAGCGACGUCAUUAUCACAGCCUACACACCCCCAGAGGGGUUUGGAAUCUUUGUUACGGGAUCAGUUCUCUUCUACUUCUUCUGCGCCGGGACACUGCCGUGGGUGCAGCCUGGCACACGCAUCUGGGAGCUAUUGAACGAAGGGUUCCCUGGAGGAGCAACCUUCUUCCGCUGGCUUGUCAACACCAUCUUUUGGCCCGUUAUAGGCAUUCACCUUGUUGAAUGCUUUUUCUUCGACAGGAAGCUUCAGAGACACGGCGUAGAGAGAUUCUCUGGACAGUGGUGGCUUUGGCUCAGCAACUGCUUUUUCGAGGGGUUCCCUGCCUUCAAGCGCGUGGAUGCCAUUGUGGUACGGAAGCAAGAUAAGAGUAGCAAGUCUCAGUAAUAUGGAUCUGACAGGUCAGGCGCGAACCACAGAAGUAUCUUUGUACCCAGGGAGAUUCAGAGCCUCUUUCCAGUUCUUCGCGGCGAGUUUGAGGCGGGUCCACCUCUAGGUAUAAUGUAUCGAAACGUGGGCGGUGGCGUUGUAUGGAUGAAUGCUAGUUGAAAACCCCAAUGCUCCUUUGACUUGGGGUGAAUCUGACAUGCAAAAAGGUGGUUAGCAUCAUAAUGUGGUGUAAGGACCACCUAUGGAUGAAUGGAUUUCAAGUGGUACGAAAGUAGGACGUAUCAUUGCCGUGAUCGUAAUUGUAUACAGCUAGAGAUAGAGAAGACGACUAGAGAUAAGAAGGGUGAUCGAUAGACCACCUCAAGGCCUUCAAAGACAUAUUGGCACAAAUCUUCCUCUCUAUGUCUACGAUUUUGCGGCAUGUCGUCCACAAUAUCAAGUCAGCAUACUCGCUAAGAAAGGGGAAAAACAUACAGAGUGUUUCCUCAAGUGCCUUGCCUUGUAAUUGUGAAUUAAGUACGUUAAAUUGGAUAUUCAGCUUGCC